CCGUAUGUGCAUUCAGGCAUAUUUAGUUCCGAUAUAUAAACAUUAUCUAUUUAAGUAUUCAAUGAUGGCUUAUAUGUCAAUAAAUUCUGGCACAACACGUAAAAUGUCUUUUGGAAAUGGAAAGAUGAAUGGAGUUGAGGGUAAAACUCCUUUUUUAAUUGGAGUUUCGGGUGGUACAGCAAGUGGAAAGUCAACCGUAUGCAAACGUAUAAUGGAAAAGUUGGGUCAGGUUGACAUGGAUCAUAUGCAACGACGAGUCGUUUGCAUAUCGCAAGAUAGUUUUUAUCGUGAACUUACACCAGCUGAGAAAUUAAAGGCCGAGAAAGGACAGUACAACUUUGAUCAUCCCGAUGCAUUCGAUAAUGAUAUGAUUUUGCUGACUCUGCAAGGUAUUCUUGCAGGCGUCAGAUGCCAGAUACCAGCAUAUGAUUACAGAACCAACAGUUUAAUAAAUAAUCAAGUAACAACAAUAUACCAUGCAGAUGUAGUUUUGUUCGAAGGAAUUCUAGUUUUCUACUUUCCUAAAAUAAGGGACUUAUUUCAUAUGAAGUUAUUCGUCGAUACAGACUCGGACACCAGAUUGGCUAGAAGGGUACCCAGAGAUAUAAAUGAAAGAGGAAGAGAUUUAGAUUAUGUGUUAAAUCAAUAUAUGAACUUUGUGAAACCAGCAUUUGAAGAGUUUUGUUUACCUACCAAAAAAUUUGCUGAUGUUAUUAUCCCUAGAGGAGCAGAUAAUACAGGUGCAAGUUUGGAUUUUCAGGACACCUCUUAUAUUAUAUUAUGUAUUAAUUAUACAUACUUCAGUAAAUUUUGUUGCCGUUAUGGAUGCUGCCUGUGGCAAUAGAUCUAAUAGUGCACCACAUCUGGGACAUUUUACGCUUGAAAAAGGCUGAAAAAUCAACCGGGCAGCAUCCAUAGGCGUACUUUGGCUUCAUCCGACACACUCAGCAUAUGAUUUGAGAAAAUAACACACGAUGAAAUUAAUUACAUGCACUGCAUCUUUGCACUAGUAAACUGCAUAUUUCUUACGCAGUAACCUCGCAUCUGUUGCUUUUUAUACUUAUUAUGCUCGUUCUGUGCGUCUACAUGUAAUAAAUACUACAUACAUACGCACGCUCAUUCAUAUUAAGUCAAUGUUAUGUGCUUACACUUUUUACUUUAGAAAUGAUCAUCAUAAAUUAACCCAAAUAGCAUUUCUUUUUUUUAAACAGAUUGCAUUACAUUUAUACAAAGUAAUACUUCAUAAACCAUUUCUUUUCCAAACUAAUAUAAUGAAAACAGGUUUGAGAGAGAGAGAGAGAGAGAGAGAGAGAGAGAGAGAGAGAGAGAGAGAGAGAGAGAGAGAGAGAGAGAGAGAGAGAGAGAGAGAGAGAGAGAUAAAGAGAGCAUUUAAAAGUUUCUUAUAAAUGUUAGCUUUUAUUUUACAUAUGGUAUGUUAUAUGUUUAUAUUACCGUCUAAUAGACAUGUGCACGUUUAUAUAUUUAUAAAUAAGGAUGUCAAAGUAUUACUACUUAGAAGAAAUAACUUUAAGUAUUUUAUACAUAUGUGUUCACGGUCUUACAAAUCGAUAUUAUGCACUCUCAUUUGUAAGAAUUAAAUUUUUACUUUAAUCAUGUUUAUCCAAUUUUGCAUAAUACAAUUAAUCAUGAAAUGUAAAUGAACAUAGUUAAGUAAAUUGUUACUUAAUAUUAUUAGUUUCAUAUACAUUAGGAAUAUAAUAUUAUCUUUGUAUUCAUUAUCACAUAAAAUUUUAUUUAUCGACAAGAAAUUUCUUACUUAUAUAAUAUAAUUUGAUUUUCUUUUGGUAAUUUACUUAUUACAGCUAAAUAAUUAAAUAGAAAAAAUAAGAGGAAAUAAAAAAUACUGCCUUGUUCUCAAUAAACUCCAAUGUAAAUUACAAAAUACAUUGCAUAAUUUGAUAUACUUUAAAUAAACGUAUAUGUAACAUAAUAUCGUAAUAAAAACAUUGAACAAAAUUUUUUAGUUAUUCAAGAAAUAACCUUUAACCGCAUAUUAUUGACUUGUUACACUUUGUUACAGUGGCAAUAGAUUUGAUAGUG